AACCAAGAAUAUCAACUUUACGGCGUAAAGGUGAUUUGAGUGGAGAUGCCGUAAAGCGCUUUACGACAGUGUGUUCUGGGGGGCGUGGUCGCUCGUGCCAGGCCCGGUGCACCGCGAGAGGCCACGUGACGCGUCCACGGCUGCUCUAGCCGCCGGAAGGUCACGAGACACGAACCCGGCGUUGUUAUUGGUUCAACGGACCGAGAACGGGCUUGGCAGAUGCCACCACCAGCUGUCGACCACGUAUGCCAAACUCGCUGCGUUUUAUCCGCCCGGCGAAUGCGCUCGUUGUUGUGAGCAGCGUCGCUCCUCGUGCCGGCUCCGCCGCUGCCGGAAGGCGUCUGCCGCCAACUGCCCAGCAGCCUCACUGUGCACCUAGCCUGGCACUGCGCCCGGUAGCAGCGUCCUUCACGAGCCUCCUCUUAGCCUAACACCGCUGGUUAACCCGUCGUAAGUCAACUUAGCUCCACGUCCUCCAGUACCGCAUCGGCUCCAUCUCUUCACCAGCCCGUGUCGUGCCCGUUCAGAAUCAGAAUAUUUGCUCAUACUGGAGGAAUCCGACGAGCUAUGAAGCUCUUUCGCACCCCCCCUCCACCACCCCUCUACCCCCACCCCUCUACCACCACCACGGAUGUUUCUCGCAAGCGUGGAGGGAAGAGAGGGGGGCAGUGACCUAUGUGACGUCACGCCCAGGUGAGUCACCGCCCAUGUGACGUCACGCCCAGGUGAGUCACCACCCCCCCCAGGUGACGUCACGCCCAGGUGAGUCGCCCCAGGUGACAGAUCCUUAACAGAGGGUGGGGAGCAAGGAGCAAAAACACAGGCGGAGUGGAGCCUGGGACGGAGCGAGCCACAGGUGGAGAGGGGCCCUGGGGUGGAGGUGCUCAGUGGUGGAGGUGGAUUCAGGAGUGGCGGGACUCAGGAUGGAGGGGCCCACGGCGGAGAAGCGAGGUGCGGAGGGGGCUGGUGUUGAAGGCCCGAGAGUGAGAGUGGAGGAGCUCAAGAUGGACGGGCCCAGGGUGGAGGAGCCCAACGUGGAGCAGCCCAACGUGGAGGAGCCCAACGUGGCGGAGCCUGGUGUGAAGGAGCCUAGUGUGAAGGAGCCUAGUGUGAAGGAGCCCAACGUGGAGGAGCCCAACGUGGAGGAGCCCAGGGUGGAGAAGGCUAGGGUGGAGGAGCCCAACGUGGAGGAGCCCAACGUGGAGGAGCCCAGGACGGAGGAGGCAGGCAUGGAGGGCCCCACGGCGGAGGCCGCGCUCUGUAAAUUCUUCUCUCGUGGCCAUUGCCGCUUCGGGACGCGGUGCCGCAGCCUCCACCACGGCACGGGGGGGAGGGGCAGCCCGCCCCGCCCCGUCGUCGAGGGAAAGCUUCCCGCGAUGCGCACGGCGUGGGACGUGGUGUCGCGCGUGCGCUGGGACGAGACGCUCGACGCCGCCGAGUGGAGCGUCGUCUACGUCGACCGCUUCCUGGGGGAGCUGGAGCGCCCUUUCCUCGACUUCUGGUGGGGGGGGCUGGCGGGAGCCCCCCACGGCGAGCUGGCCGUGCCGCAGCACCGCGUGCGUCGCCUCCGCUGGCGCGGGGAGUGCGUGUGGGACCGCGAGCGCCGCCUCGACCGCGUCUUCGGCUCCACGGGGGACGCCGUCGUCUUCGGCGACCCGCCGGCCCCCCGCCCGGGGGCAGCGGCCGGGGAACAGGGGGCAGUGUGGGACCAGGGGGCAGCAGCCGGGGACCAGGAGGCAGUGUGGGACCAGGGGGCAGCAGGGCAGCACCUGGAAGGGUCAGACGAGAGAGCGCAGAGGGAUGCGACAGGACCAGAGAGGGCAAGCUGCAAGGACGAGGCCGGAGUAGAGGGGUCGAUCCUUGAAGGGACAGGCCUCGUGUAUGCAGCGGCGUUGGGGGGGGCAAAUGUUAAGUGCGAGGCAGGACCCAAGGGGGCACGGCCAGAGCCAGAAGGGGCAAGGCCCAGGGAUGAGGCAGGAGCCAAGGGGGCCGAACUUGAUGAGGUUGGAUCAGAGGGGGCAUGGUCCGGGGAUUGGGCAUUCACAACGAAUGAAGCAGCAGCAGAGGGAGCACGGUCCAGUGAGUGGGCAUGGCCCAAGGAUGAACCAACAACAUCAAAGGGGGCAUUGUCUGGGGAUUGGGCAUUGGCAAAGGAUGGGGCAGAACCAGAUAUUGGGCAGGGCCCCGUGAUGGGACAGGAGCAGAGACUGGGCAAGCCCCAGAGAUUGGGCAGGAGCAGAGGGGGCAUGGCCUAGCGGUUGGGCCAGGGCACAGGCACGGGGCAGGGCCAGAGAGGGCACGGGCUUGGUUCCACGCCAGGCCGAGCCUGGCAGGAGUCAGGCGGGGCCGCCCCUGCGUUCCGCCAAUGAUGCCAAUUUGUUUUUUUUAUUUGUCGCGUCCCUCCGAUACGCAGGGGCGAGUGCGGAGCGCCUCUCCGUCACAUCCGAAACAUCUGAAAGUGGGGCAAACCCGAGUGGCAGCUGUCCCCGUGCGACACGGGGGGGUGACUCAGCACCUUGGCCUGGUCUGUCUGAUGCACUUGCAGAGCAACAACCUCAAUGUCACAAUUCAGGUUGCUCAAGCCAGACAACUGCGCACAGGAGCAAAGCGGGAGUGGUUGUCUCCGGCCCCUGUGAUGUCUCCUUGGUAUUUGUGGAUCGGGGCAUUGAGUCGUCAGACAUUGUUGUCGAGUGUUUUCCGGAUGACCAGUCACACGCUGCUGCAGAGUUUUUACAAUUUCCAUGAGCACAUCGUGAUUUGUUAAGUGGGUGCGAUUUCGGGCGGAAUCUGUUAGCAGGGGGGGGGGGGGGGGCAGUGAUUGCUGCUUUGUUUGUGUGUGUGUGUAAUUCCCAUCGAGUAAUUUGCGGCCAAAUUAUUUAUUUAUUUGGACCCUGAUGCCGGCACGCAGUGGCGUCACAGGAUCUCUCUGACGUCCAGCUUCGAGUGGUUGUGUUUUAUGUAAUUCGCAGUUAACAUAACCACCCCCCGCGGUAAUAACCAGGACGACCGCCAGUUCCGGACCGUGAACCUCUGCAUUGAAUCGCCGUGAACUGCAAGAACACGACCCGGGUCCGUCCGGUGCUCGUUGAACUGCAGUUGGCUUCUGGUUUGUGUGCAAUGAGGGCGACCUUUAGCAUUAUGAGGUCGUGCUCAUUGCACCCAAAGCGAUUGCCACAAAUGAACCACAAUAUGAUAAUUGGUUUUUUUACCCAUUUUAUCUGGCAACAAAACUGACACUUUUU